UGUCAUUGAUAGGUGAAAUUUUUUUUUUGUUUCUGAUCAAAAACAAAAAUGAAAUUUUCAAUCGUGUUUUCAACUUUUUUGAUCGUCUCGUUGACGACGAAUUUCUGUGUAUCCGAUGAAAUUAUUACAGCGAAUGCAUCCGAUGAACCGGUAGUCGUAGUUGAUGAUGAUGAAAAAAUUCCAAUGCAGAAUUCGAUUCCAUCAGUCAGACAACCACGUCAACAACAACAACAGCGACAACAACAACAAUUUUCACAACCAAAACAACAACAACAAUAUCAGCAGCAGUAUCAACAGCAACAACAAGAUUCACCCAUUAAUUCGGCUAUCAAUAUGAUGAAUAUGGUUACUAAAUUUACAACACAAACAAAUGAAAUGUAUCAAGCAGCACAAAAACUGGCAAAAGAAAAUGGUUUCGGUAUGAAUGGUAUGAUUGAUCCAAUAACAUUUAUACCAAGUAUCAUUGUAUAUGGUGCUAUAAAAAUGAUUUCAUUUUUGGUUUCGGGAUUUAUUUAUACAAGUUCAUUGAUUGCACCAUGGCAAAUUGAUCCGAAUGCAAAAAUAUCAUUUAUCGAUCUAGAAUCAUUACAUAAUAUUGAUUAUGAUACAAUUUCCAAUUCAAUACGAUCAGUACCAGAACGUUCAUUUAAAUUAUUGGAUAUACGUGAAGAAGAAUGUAAAUCACGUGCUAUGUGUGAAAUUGGUGAAAAAAUUAAUAGUUAUUGGCCACGUUUAGCUACCUAUAUACGUUUAGCUGUUGAACAAUUAAAUAUUGCCAGUGAUGAUAAUAAUACAAUGGCAAUGUUACGUGGUCUUGGUUGGGCUGAUUGUGAUGAAACAUUCCGACAAUCACAAUGUCAACGUUCACCAUUUAAAAAAUUUUAUCAAAUAUUAACAUCAUUACAAAAAUUACUUCAACAACAUUAUUAUCAAUAUUGAAAAACACAAAACAACAACAACAAACAAAAACA